UUCAUACCCCAAAGACAUUUAUAUAGCAUAAAAAUAUGCAGAUAUAGUACUUUUCGUUGUUGAAGAUGAAAUAUAUAUAUGUAUACUUAAAGAUAUUAAUCAAACAAAAGCAAACCUGUCCCUUCAAUCCAAAGCCUUCACCAAGCUCUCAAAAAAAGAAACUCAUUUCUCAUGAUCGACUCUUCCUCUACACUUCUUCUUCUCAUCUUCUCACCACAACACUCAAACGUGAAUAACUCCACCAAUAUCGAAAAUGGCAACAAGAACACUCUAUUUUCCCUUUCUUCAACUAAUAAUAAUCGUAUUAUUCCUAUUCCUUCCCUCUCAUCUCGAGUGUUCGACUUCUACUACUACUACUAUUCAAGAAGCUCUCAACGAAUCCUCAAGGCUUCUCGAUCUCAUCCUAAGAGACUACACUCUCAACUUCUUCAAGAACCAACAUUACUCGAUCAAGACCGGCGUUAACCAACGUGUUCAUCUCCCAUCUAACUACUCCGACAUAAAACUUGACGCAGUUAGGUUCCGAUGUGGGAGUCUCCGGCGAUACGGAGCUCAAAUUGAAGAGUUUCAUAUUGGCGUUGGAGCAAUUCUUGAGCCGUGCGGUGAACGUCUUUUGGUUGUGAGACAAAGCUUGGGAUCAAACUGGUCUGAUAUAUAUUACAAAAACUAUGAUCUCUCUGGUUAUAGACUCGUGUCUCCGGUUCUAGGGCUCUUAGCUUAUAACGCUUUAAACGACGUUGUUUUAGGGAAUAAUGUGAGCAGCUCGUAUCAGAUAAGUCUCCUCCUAGCCGAUGCUAAAGAACCGUCCACGGUUGAUUUCGGGAACGUAUCUGGACCGUCGACGGUAGAGAGAACGUUUUUGGACAAGCCAAUGUGCGCUACUUUCGAGCUCGACGGUAAAGUAACGUUUGCCGGAGAAGUGAAGCCGUUUGUGUGCGCCAUUAAAACCAACGGACAUUUUGGUUUAGUGGUGAAAGAUGAUCCAAAAUCGAACGGUGGGGGAGAGAAAGAGAUGAAGAAGGAGAAGAUUGGACGGUGGAGAAAGGUUGUUGGUGGGCUUGUUGGGUCUGUGACGGUGGGGGUGGUGCUUUUAGGGAUGGUGGUGGCAGCGGCGGUGGUGACGGCGAAGAAGAGGAGGAGAAGCGCAAAAAGGGAAGAAAUGGAGAGAAAAGCUUAUGAAGAAGAAGCUCUUAGAGUAGUGUCAAUGGUGGGGCAUUCUAGGGCUUUUGUUGCUUCUGCUACAAGGACUUCUCCGGGUUACAUGGAACAUGAAUGUGUGCCUAAUUAAUUAAUUAUGUAUACGUUUGUUUCCUUUUUUUG